AUGUUCUUCUUCGGCUUUGUCGCGAGCUUUCGCCCCGAGGUGCGCCGCCUGCUGGAGCGCUACCCGGCGCUGUGCCCGGUUUGCGCUAACCCGACCCUAACCGUGGCGGAAGUCGACAGGGUGCUGCGCAUUUUCUUCCUGCCGGUCUGGCGGUCGAAGGUGCAUGAGCUGAUGGUCAUCUGUCAAAACUGUGGGUUCACCAUCGAGAAGAGCAAAAUGGAUGAGCUCGAGGCGCGGCGGAAGUUCUUCGAGCGGCAGGGCAAGAAAAUGUUCGAAGAGAUGGCGGACUUGAAAGGGGAGGCAGAUCUGAAAGGAGAGCAGAAAGGAUCAACGACCAUAAGCAAGCACAACUCGGAGAACGCCAUCUCAGUUCAAUGCGCGCAGAAGCACAGAAUAUGGGGUCACGCAACAAUAUUGGAGUUCCGCCGCUGA